AUGUCCUCAUCCACCUCCUUUGAGCCCAUGCCGGCCACGGCUGCGGCGACCAUUGCGAAAUACCACCUCAGCUCGCCCGACUGGCCGGGCCACCUGAACAUGGAAAUCGGCCAAGCAGAGCACCGCAUCAAGUUCAUCAACUUCUGGCAGAUCGCUCCCGGCAGCCGCGUCCUCGAGAUCGGAUGCGGCCAGGGCACCACAACUGCGGUCCUGGCCGAAGCCGUUGGAUCCUCGGGGCACGUCGACGCCGUGGAUCCCGGCCCGCCCGAGUACGGAGCCCCCUGGACGCUUGCCCAGGCGCAGGAGCACCUCUCGGGAGGCCCGAUCGGGGACCGCGUCUCGUGGCACUUUGCCGACCCGAUCGAUUUCCUGGCGGCGAAUGCGGACACGACGUGGGAUUAUGUCGUGUUUGCGCACUGCAUCUGGUACUUUGACUCGCCGGCGACGCUGACGAGGAUGCUGGGCGCCUUGAGGGGACGAGCCAAGACUCUGCUCAUUGCGGAAUAUGCGCUCAAGGCGACGGAGUUGAAGGCCCUGCCGCAUGUCCUUGCUUCGGUGGCGAGGGCUACUCUCGAGGCCCACAACAAGGGCAGCAUGGCCAACAUUCGGUGCUUGUCCAGCCCGGGCGCCAUUGCAGAUGCUGCGAGCGAGAAUGGCUGGGUUCUUGAAGACAGGACUUUUGUGGUGCCUGGGGAGGGACUCAUGGAUGGCCACUGGGAGACGGGAUCUGUGAAGAGUCCCAAGUUUUUGGAAGAGAUCGAGACGAAGGUCGAGGACCCGAAAGUCAAGGCGCUUUUGCGUUCGGCUAGAGAUGGUGUUUUGGGAGCUUUGGAGACGGUUGGUGUGCAGAAGUCGUGGACUAUGGAUGUCUGGGUGGCCAAGUUUGACUAG